UCAGUGCAGUACAUAAUGAGACAGUUCUGUGGAUGCUGGAGACGAUUGAUCUCUGCAUAAUAAGCGAGUCUAAGCUAAAGAAAGAAAGAAAGAAAGAAAGAAAAGAAAGAAAGAAAGAAAGAAAGAAAGAAAGAAAUGAAAUCACUUAUUUUAUUGACAAUGUGUGGGGCAUUGGCUGUUCUGGCAUCAGGAGAAGAAACGAGCGAGAAUGUAAAUAAAAGGUUUAUUAGAGAAGGGGACAUUUCGUUUGAGUAUCACCGCUACAAAGAGCUCAAAGAAGCGCUCGUGUCGGUUUGGUUGCAGUGCCCGUCCAUCACCAAAAUUCACUCCAUCGGCCAGAGCUAUGAAGGAAGAGAGCUGCUGGUCCUGGAGAUCACUGACAACCCCGGAGAGCACGAGCCAGGAGAGCCUGAGUUCAAGUACAUUGGAAACAUGCACGGGAAUGAGGCGGUGGGCAGGGAGCUGAUUAUUUUCCUGGCACAGUACCUAUGUAACGAGUACCAGAAAGGCAAUGAGACUAUCAUCAACCUGAUCCACAGUACACGCAUUCACCUCAUGCCCUCAAUGAACCCAGACGGCUUUGAGAAAGCGGCCUCCCAGCCUGGAGACCUCAAGGACUGGUUUGUUGGGCGCAGCAAUGCCCAGGGAAUAGACCUCAACAGAAACUUCCCCGAUCUGGACAGGAUCGUCUAUAUGAAUGAGAAGGAUGGAGGAGCAAAUAAUCACCUUUUAAAGAACAUGAAGAAAAUUGUUGAUCAGAACUCCAAGCUUGCCCCAGAGACCAAGGCUGUCAUCCACUGGAUCAUGGAUAUUCCAUUCGUCCUCUCUGCUAAUUUGCAUGGGGGAGAUAUUGUGGCCAACUAUCCCUAUGAUGAGACGCGUAGUGGCUCCACUCAUGAAUACAGUGCCUGUCCUGAUGAUGCCACCUUCAAGAGCAUAGCCCAGGCCUACUCAAGCCUCAAUCCAAUCAUGUCAGACCCCAACAGACCACCAUGCCACAAGAAUGACGAUGUCAGCAGCUUUGUGGAUGGAAUUACCAAUGGAGCAGCUUGGUACAGUGUCCCUGGAGGAAUGCAGGACUUCAACUACCUGAGCAGCAACUGUUUUGAGAUCACAGUGGAGUUGAGCUGUGACAAGUUCCCAGCUGAGGACACUCUCAAGAGCUAUUGGGACCAAAACAAGAACUCCCUUGUCAAUUAUAUUGAGCAGAUCCAUCGAGGUGUAAAAGGGUUUGUCCGAGACCUGCAGGGAAUCCCCAUUUCCAAUACUAGCAUAUCAGUGGAGGGAAUAAACCAUGACAUCACUUCAGCAAAGGAUGGUGAUUACUGGAGGAUUCUGGCUCCUGGUAACUACAAAAUAUCUGCCACUGCCCCAGGCUACCUCACUGUGAUUAAAAAAGUGGCAGUUCCUUAUAGCCCAGCAGUAAGGGUGGAUUUUGAGUUGGAGUCUUUGACUGAGCGAAAGGAAGAGGAAAAAGAAGAGUUAAUGGAAUGGUGGAAAAUGAUGUCGCAGACUCUGAAUUUCUAAACAUAUAUCACACACGUCACAAAAAAGCUUUCAUAAUAAGCCUGUGUAAAACUGUGUUUUAGCUCCGUUUUGUAAAAUCAGUGUUUUCUGUUUGAAUGCAAAAGUAUAAUACUGUAGCGGCAUUAAGAUGGACUGUGUGUAUUAGUCAUUGGUAACAAUUCAACCAUUGGCCUUCUCACUGAUCUGUACUUCAGGGAACAAUGCGUAGAGUUCAUCUCAUUGUAAUAAUUAUUUAUAUGUGGAUUUUUUUUUUCUGUUUAUUAUUCCUGUUUAUGGUAUAUGUUAAGUACUUCAAUAAGAAUGAAUCCAAAUAAAAUAUGUGACCAAACAUUAGGACACUGUGUUGUAAGGAAUGUGAGACUUUUCUUUUUUGUCAAAGAAUAUUUAUUAAGUAAACCUUGAAUCCUAAACUGAUAUUUAAUUCUAAGGAUAACUGUGUUCAUGUCACAUUCUUGUUCUUUUUAUUACAUAGAAAUAUUUUAAGUUUGCUAUUUACAAAGCUGUUUCUGUAAACUCAUUUACAAUCAAAGUAAAUAUUACACUGUC